GGAGACUGGCGGCAACGUGGCAGCGGCGGCGGCGAAGGAGGGCGGAUCGGGCGCACGUUGUGGCUGACGCGAGUGGGAGGAGCAGCACCCGACUCGGAAGGCGGCAGAGGGCAGGACGGAGACAAGAAUGGCAGGACGUGGGUCGACUAGCGAGGCGGCGCGGGAGCGGACGGCACGGCUGCUGGCGCAGAUGGCGCCUGUGGCGGCCGCGACUGCCGGGAGCAGCGGGCGCAGGAAGACGGCGGCGCCGCCGGUGACGCACACGGCUGACGUGUGCAUCGUAGGCGCCGGGGUGCUCGGAGCGGCACUGGCGGCGGUGCUGGGCCGCAAGGGCUACACGGUGGUGGUGCUGGAGCGCGACUGGUCGGAGCCGAACCGGAUUGUGGGCGAGCUGCUGCAGCCCGGCGGGCUGCGUGUCCUCCGCGAGCUGGGCCUGGGCGAGGCCGUGGAGGGCAUCGACGGGCAGGCCAUCGAGGGCUACGGGGUGUUCUACGGCGAGGAGGCGGUGCGGCUGCCAUACCCGCCCGAGGCCGGUGAGGCGCCGAUGGGCAUCGCCUUCCACCACGGGCGUUUUGUGAUGGGCCUGCGCAAGGCGGCCCGCGAGGCGCCCGGGGUCACCGCCCUGGCGGCGACGGUCAACCGGAUGUGGGAGGACGAGGAGGGGACGGUGCUCGGCGUCGACUACACGUCCAAGGACGACGGCUCCAAGGGCCGAAUCAACGCUUGGCUCACCAUCGCCUGCGAUGGCUUUGCGUCGCGGGCGCGCAAGUUGCUGACCAAGACCAAACCGGCCAAGACCUCGACGUUCCUUGCGCUGGAGCUCGAGGACGUCGAGCUUCCGUUCCCCAACUCGGGCCAUGUCAUCUUGGCGGACCCGUCGCCGAUUCUGUGCUAUCCGAUUGGGUCGCGCGAGGCACGCAUGCUCAUCGACAUCCCCAACAGCGUGCCGGGCAAGGAGUACGGCGAAUAUGUGCGGGCCAUGACCGAGCAGAUGCCGCCGGCGCUGCGGGCUGGCGCGCUGGCGGCGCUCGAGAAGUCGCCCAAGCUGCGGACAAUGCCCAACUCGUACCUGCCUGCGGUGCCGGAGCGCAAGCUAGGCGCCAUUGCGCUUGGCGACUCGUUCAACAUGCGGCACCCGCUCACUGGAGCCGGCAUGACGGUGGCGCUCGCCGACGGCAAGCUCCUUGUGGAGCUCCUCGGCGAGGUCGACGAUCUCUCGGACCGCAAGGCGACGGCCAAGAAGCUCAAGAGCUUCUACACGCUGCGCAAGGAGCAUGCGUCGACGGCGAAUGUGCUCGCAAACGCGCUGUACGCCGUCUUUGCCGCCCGCGACAACGAGUAUCUGCCGUUUAUGCAGGACGCCUGCUUUGAGUACUUUAAGCUCAACCGCAUCACCCGCGACGGCACCAUGUCACUCCUCGGGCUCCUCGAUACGCGGCCGUAUGUCCUUGUCUCGCACUUUUUCGCCGUCGCCGCCUACGCCAUCGUCAAGACCGUGCUCCCGCUUCCGUACCCAACGCGGAUUGCGCAGGCCUUCCACAUCCUUAUGUCGGCGACGCGGGUCAUCAAGCCGCUGCUGGACAACGAGAACGUCACCGCCCUCGCGCUGCUUCCGAACUCAUUGCUGGGCAUUGAGGCGUCGAUCAGUGACUUUAUGAAGUAGUGAGAUGGUGA